UGCUGUUUCAGUGGUCAGAAGUUUCCAGCAAAAUAUCAAAGUGUAUGGUUGAUUAUUUCCCCAAUUAUGCAGGAAAAAAAGAAGAGUUCUGAGAAUAUAAUCCUACAUGCAUUUCCCACCUCUCUGGAUGGAAUCAAAGUCUGGUUGAGAGCCAUAGAACAAACUGGACAAGGGUUUGAGAACAUUGAAAAUAAUGGCUAUGGAAACCUGGGAGAACAAGAGGUGCAAAGUCUAUCAAGUUUGCUGUGAGCAUCUCACAAAGGGAUGUUAUGUUGCAAGUGGAGAGAAGAAGACGUUUGAUAAAAAGACGCUGUCUUCACUAAGAAGGAAGAUGCAACUCCCCCUGGGGUACAGAGAGGAGAUCCUUUAAGAGUUCAGACCAAAGAAUUUGUGAAGAGAUCCUAUACAGACCCUCAAAAGUUACUAGAUGCAACCAAUGACAUGGAAGCGUUAAACCAAGAAGUGUUAAACCUCACCCUAGAGAUCAUCUGCCUACUUACUGGAGAGGAUUAUAGUAUUGUGAAGAAGACCUCUAAUCAGUAUCUUAAACUGAGCCCUACCAAGGAGCCUUUUUCUCAUUUGCUGAUACUGGAGAAAAAACGUAAGAAGAUCCUAGAACUGACCAACAAGAUCAUUGAGCUGCUGACUGGAGAGGUUCCUGUAAGGUGUCAGGAUGUCACUGUCCAUUUCUCCAUGGAGGAGUGGGAGUAUAUAGAAGGACACAAGGAUCUAUAUAAGGAUGUCAUGAUGGAGGACCAGCAGAAUCUCAUAUCUCUGGGUGGCCUUCCAAAGAAAACACUACCACAUACUUGGGAAUCUUCUAAUCUAAGUUCUGAUUAUGAGAACAUAGAUUUUUCCAGCCAAUUAAAACACUUUGAUGGGAGACAAUUCAGAAGUGAGCUUCAUAAAUCAGGAAGAAAUAUGUCCAAGACGUCCUGUGAUGAUAAAAGUGUCAGAGGAGCCACAGAUCAAGCACAACACCCAUUUUUACAUAUUGAGGAGGGACAUGUGUCAUGCGAAGGUGUCACAGAGUAUGAAUACACAACGGUCCUUGUAAAGGACUCAUGUUUAAAUAACGCCAGUGGUAAUGGACAGCGCCUACAGUAGUACAUCCCACAGACUCUGUGCAACAAUAUCCACAUACUCAUAUAAAGGAGGAACCAGUAUCAUGGGAUAGAGGAAAUGAUGCAGAUAACGGCUAUAUGCUAUAGAUCACACAUACUAUAUGACUGCUCAGAUUAAGAAGGAACCAUUUUCAUGUGAUGAGGAAAACCUCAUAGACAACAUUAAUGCACUUACAGAUGAUACACAACAGUGUCUAACUACAUCUAUUAAAGAGGAACCUGUCUUGUACAGUGGAGUAAACCCAGCAUUGACACACCCAAUGACCAUACACAACAUAAUCCAUCUACUCAUAUUAAGGAAGAAUCAGGCUCAUGUGAAGGAAGAAACAUUACAGAGCCUUAUCUACCUUCAUGUCCUCUUGCUAGGAAGGAACCAGUUUCAUGGGACGGAGAAAACCUCACAGGCCCAAAUUUGUAUGCUCCACCAAGCCAUAGACAACAAUAUGCAUCUACUAAGGAGGAACCAGUCUUAUUUGAAGACACAGAGAUGGAGUACAACACAAUUUCUUUGAGGAGGAUAAAAAGGAUGUCACUGACAACACCUACAGUUAUGCACCCAGAAGUCCUGAAACCACAAUGAAACAUUUACCAUUUAUAGGUCAUACUGGUGAAAAACCAGACCACUCAUCAUUAUUGAGGCGUGUAGUAAUGACUCACUUACUUGAGAAGGCUCAAAAGAAACAAAGUAACACUAUCAACACACACGUAAAUUCUCAGAGUCAGGUGUGUGUUACAAGCACAUCAACUAUUAAAGAUGAAGUUAAGACCAGAGUGGAACAUUUGUCUUUCAAAAGUGGCCCUGGUUCAACUCAGAGAAUUUAUGUAAAAAAGAGACCAACUAAAAAAGCUGAAGCAGGAAAAACAUUUGGUGACAUUUCCAAUCUUACAAAAUACUUACGAAGCAAACUCUAGGAAGAAAACUCUCCAGUGUUCACAAUGUGGGCAAUAUUUUCUGAGAAAGUCUCGACUUGAAGAUCAUGUAAGAAUCCAUGAAGGUCAAAAUAUGUUUGAAUGUGUAGACUGCAGGAAAUAUUUUUUGAACAACGAUCAACUUGUCGAACAUCAGAAGAUGCACACCGGAGGAAUUUGAAUGUUUAGUUUGUAGGAAAAAUUUUGAUAAAGAGUCAAGUCUUCUAAAACAUCAAAAGGUUCAUGAAGAAGCAAAACCAUUUCAGUGUCCUGAAUGCAACAAAUGUUUCAGUAUUAUACUAUGAGCUCUAUAUACAUAAGAAGACUCACAUAGAAGACAAAAAAUAUCACUGUUCCAAAUGUAGGCAAAUCCUACAACUCAAAAGUCCAAUCUUGAUGUACAUAUGAGGACUCACACAGGAGAAUGGCCCUAUGGAUGUACUGAAUGCAGGAGGCGUUUUAUGGAGAGAAAGAAGUUUCUGACACAUCCAAAAGCUCCAUGCGGGGUUUGAAUCCACAUGAAUGUGGAAAAGGUUUGCUGAGAGGUCAAACAUAAUUAUUCAUAAAAGGAGCCAUGGACACAAACCAGCUGCAUGUCUCCAGUGCGGCAAACUUUUUCAACUCGUUCAUCAUUAAUCCGACAUAUCAUAACUCAUUCAAGCUGAGACAGUGCAGCUUCUUGGAUCUUGAGGAAUGUCAACAAACUGACUUUGAAGAGGGCAAUAAAAUGAAUGAUGGAGCCAAGAGUCCAUCUGCAGGAAAAACAAGCUAGGACAAAAAAAUUCGUACAUAUUUGUAUGUUUGAAACAGCACUCCUGAGCAGUAAUUGCUGUCUAAUGUCUUUAAAGGGUUCUCCAGGAAUUAAAAAAAUGAAAAAUUUAAAUAUUAUUUUGUCAAUAAAUAUAUUCACAAAUACCUUUCAUUACUUAGAAUGGUUUGUUUUGUCUGGGGAGCA